CUCACAAACUUUGGUUCUAACAAGAGGGGUGGUGGGGUAAUUUUUUGUGUUUAUGAUAAAAAGCAGAAAUUUAGAAUGUAAAAAGAAGCUAGUUACUGUGGAGUGAAAAAAGUUAAAUUCUGCUUCAAAGGGUUCAGAUUUUCACUCAUGAUUGUCUUCUGUUUCUGUUUUUGAUUAACCGCUGCAGUGGUUCUCUUUUCAGUUUUCAGUUUCGCUUUUCUUGUGUGUUCUUCACCUCACCUAGCUUCUGUGGUUUUCACUUUCAACUGUUUCCAGUUUUCCUCCAUAGGGUUUGAACUUUGAAGGGAAUUAUGGGGUUUCGGUUUCACACCUCGUUUGGAGUUUUCUUUGAUAUUCUUUCAGGUACUCCAUUGUGUUGAGCUUUUUGUUUGAGCAACAUCAUCAUCCUUGCCUCUAGCAGUGAGCAGAGGCAACAUUAUAUAUUUACCUCGGCAUAUUACUGGUUUCUGGAACCUGAGUGGUGAAGGAGAUGUGUAGCUGAGUCAGUUGUAGAGGGACCAGAAACAAGCAUCUGAAUUUUCAAUUGCUAAUUUUACUAUGUAUCCGAACCAAGCCUUUUCUUCAGGGUCCUAUGCAGAGAUGUUGUCUGGGAAUCCUCUUUUACCUCAUAACUAUAGUGAAUCUGUGGGAGGACAAAAUGAGCUGAAGUUCAUCACAUCCAUGGCUGACACAGUGACUAUGCAGCCUAUUGAUGGACAUUCCAAUGCUGGUGAUCCAGCGUGCAACUCUUUCGCCAAUGCUGGAGAUUCCCAUUCCCAUGUUAUUCCAAGGACAACACAAUUGGGACUUGUGGAAAGUGAGCAAAAUGUGCAGAACCAAGGCUUGUCUCUUAGCCUCGGCUCAGUGAUGCCUUCUAUGCAAUCUGUCCCUAACUUUUCAUAUCAGUAUCCCAGCACCGGAUUCUCCUCGCUAAUGACUGCUUCUGUCCCAAAUUUGAAGGGUACUUCUUCAAAAGAUGAUGAGGCCAGCCUACAGAGGGAAUUUAGGACUGCUGAGUGCAUGGCUUCUUUAGCUUCUGGUGGUGGCUUUCACAAAAGGGAGGGUUUGUAUAGUCCACACCCCUCAAUGUGCCUCAGUGAAGGCCAGUCUGAUGGAUCACAGGGUUUUUCCAACACUGUCUUGAACUCACAAUACCUCAAGGCAGCACAGGAAUUGCUUGAUGAAAUAGUUAAUGUCCGAAAGGCUUUGAAGCAAAAUGGUUUGGAAAAGCAACAGAGUUUCCGGGACAAUGGUUUAGAUGGCUCCAAAGAUUCUGACGGAAAAUCUACCAGCCAAUCUGUGCAAAUAUCUUCAGGUCCUAAUGGUUCUGCUGCUAACUCUUCAUCUGAGCUAUCACCCGCAGAACGACAGAAUUUGUUGGACAAGAAGACAAAACUUUUGUCCAUGUUGGAUGAGGUAGAUAAAAGAUACCGGCAGUAUUGCCACCAGAUGCAGAUUGUGGUGUCAUCUUUUGAUAUGGUUGCUGGGUGUGGAGCAGCUGAACCAUACACUGAACUUGCAUUGCGCACAAUAUCACGCCACUUUCGGUGCUUGCGCGAUGCCAUUAGUGGCCAGAUUCAAGCGACUCAAAGGAGCCUUGGAGAACAAGAGGGAAUACCUCGUCUCCGCUAUGUUGAUCAGCAGCUUCGUCAACAGAAGGCCCUUCAGCAACUUGGUGUAAUGCGACAAGCUUGGAGGCCUCAAAGGGGACUUCCUGAAACCUCUGUUUCAAUACUCCGUGCAUGGCUCUUUGAGCAUUUCCUUCAUCCUUAUCCCAAGGAUUCAGAAAAAGUUAUGCUGGCAAGGCAAACAGGCUUAACAAGAAACCAGGUGGCAAAUUGGUUCAUUAAUGCAAGGGUGCGUCUUUGGAAGCCAAUGGUUGAAGAAAUGUACAAAGAAGAAUUUGGUGAUUCUGAGAUGAGCAGCAACCUAUUAUCAUCAGAGAACGCACUGAAAGCUCCAAGAGACGAUGUUCAAGCUUCAGACAACAAAAGAGAAGAGUCUCAGGACAAUUUAGUAACACUUGAUAGUGUUCAGCACCAUGCCUCAGAGUUGGACAGAGGGAUCCAAAGUGGUGAUCAUGGGGAAAAUGCCAUGGAUCCUAGAAUUGGGAAAUUGCAAUGUGACCAAAGGUUCAACAUGAACAACACUAACCCUUAUUAUGGUGAUGGUUGCAUAAUGACUUCUACUGCUGCCACCUAUGAUUUAUCAGAGUUGGGAAACAUUGGCGUAGGUGGCCACGUGUCACUUGCAUUGGAGUUGAGGAACUGUGAAAGUGAAGGAUUUGGCACCAACAAUGAUGACAUGCAUAAAAGACGUAAGAAGACCACAGUGGCAUCUACCCCUGAGGCUGAUUUGCUAGAUUACCAUUUCACAGACACAGGAAAGCAACAAAACAAGUUUGGCAACCCUCAUCUAUUGCAUGAGUUUGUUGUGUGAAUAAAGGGUUGGCGAAAAUGUAAUGCUUCUAAGGAAAAAAUGUGUACCACCAAAGUAGAUAUAGAUAGACAAAACAAAAGCCUAUGCUGUUAUUACUACUUACAUGGUUGCUCAUUCUUCUUGUCCACAGUUCAUAAAAGCGAUGUAAAUCAUGAAUCGUACAAAAAUAUACUACAUUACACGUAGGUAUGUGUAGAUAUUCUGUUGUGGAUGGAUGAUUGGUUCAUUUGGUUGUAUUGUAUUGUAUCAUGCAGACAAAUUUUGUAAGGACAAGGAACGACGUAUCUUGUGCAUCACGAUGAAUAAGGAAUCUUGUCAAGAACGUAAAAAGGAGUACGAUCUGAAUGAAUGAAUGCAUUGACUCUUGUGCACACA